AAAAUUCCCUAAAACCAACCCUAAAUCACUGUCCAGCAGAAAUUCAGAAACUAGUUGGAAAAAUGUCAUGAAUAAUCUAGUUUUUGGUAUUUAAAACGACUUUAAAUUUAUAAAUAAUUAACUCGGAUAGCUUGAAUUGUGUAAAACACCUUAAAGAAAGUGAAAACGAUGAUGUGUUUGAGGAUUUUUUCGAGAGAAAUGAAUUUGUUUGAAGUAAAAAUCGCGUAAAGAAUUCGAUUCCCCCACGUUUUUCCCCCUGAAUGGCGAAAGUUUUGUUUACAUUUUGUGGAUCGGUGACGAAUGGAGUUCGGAAUGUCAUCGGAAGAAGUGAAUUUAAUUAGAAGAAGCGAAAGAUCCGUCAAAAGAAAGAGAAAUUAUUCACCCGAGCCGAUUGUUAAACAGAACAACAUCAAAAAGCAAAGAAAAUCUGUAAACAAAGAGCGAAAUGCACCUCUGUUGGACAAUAAAUCGAACAGAAAGCCUUUGUAUUGUAAUAAAUGCAAGUCUUUAUUUAUUGUAAAUUCUUACAAAAAAGUUAGGAAAAAAUCUCAGCAAUCAUCAUUUCCAAGAUAUUAUUUUGACUCCGAAUCUAAUCGAAUGUUACUUUUGUGUGUGGGAUGCGGAUUGGCUAUCAACGAUAAAAGCAAGAAAAAUCAAAAAAAGAAGGGCCCUACUCCUGAAGAAAAAGAAAAGUAUUUCCAAGAAGCUAAAGCUUUUUCAUUAUCAUUAGUUGAUACAUUGCAUGAUAGAGAUGCUGAACGUUUAUUUUGUCCAGAAUUCAAAAUUAAACCUUGUGCUUGUUUACAGAAAUAUGUCCUAGGACAAGAUGGUGAUAGUGUUGAUCAAACUCAUGAAAGGGCAGUUAAAUUAUUAAAAUUAUUAAAAGAAGCAAAGCAUCUUAGUCAGCAGAAAUUUUAUAAAAGCCAAGAUGCAGUAAAAUCAAUGACCCGAAAAUAUUGA